AUGUAUGGAGGGGGUGAGUGCAUUGUUCUUUCUGCUUACGUGUGGUGGCUUUUGGAGUCCAGGUGUUACUCGAGCGAUCUGAAACGUGAAGUUUAUGAGUUGAAUUUCAACAACCGACAAUUAUUAGCUUUCCAACGUCGUGUUUUGAGUUUUAUUUUUUUGCCGCGCAGAUGAAGUCUCGGCAAUUGUCAUCGACCUUGGGUCGCAUACGUGCAAAGCGGGUUAUGCAGGCGAAGAUGCACCCAAGGCGGUUUUUCCAUCGGUAAGUAUCGACUUCAGAGUUAUGUGAUUGCAGUUGAGGUGGAACUUUUGAAAAAUACAUCUGAAUUCUGUUGUUACGCUAUACGCGUACUCAAAAGAAACAUUGAAGUAUACUGUUAGUUUAUUUUUUUGGGAGUAGAUUGUGGCCAAAGUUUGAGGGAUUUAUGAAUGGCCUUGAUGCAUAGCAAUAAAUGGCCCAUCGAAAAUGAUCAACUUAAUUUAUACGUUUGUAGUCUUUGCACUGGAAACUAGAUUUUUUGUGGGAUUAUCAGUGACCAUUGUCGGGAAUUACACUGAAUUGAUCGGGUUCCAUUUCACAGACUAUAAACUGUUUUGGGCAAUAUUAGGGAUGGUCAAUGGUGUGAUCUUUUCAAACAUAUUUCUACGCUAAAUUUUUUUAUUUGACGAGUGAUUGAAGGUUGCGCAAGAGAUGAUUGAUUUUCAUCUGUCUUAUGGAUCCUUGGCUUAACACUUGUUUUUGGCAAUGCUUCCCUAAGUUUCUGGGUGAAAAAAAUCUGCUAAAUUUACUCGUCCAGUGGAUCAUAAUUGCCUCCUUGUGGGUAUUUUCAAUGAUAAUGAGGUUCUUACCUGCAUUUCUGGGAUUAAAUUUUAUAUUCUGGCAACCUCUCCAUGAAGUGCAAAAAUUGUAGAUAAGGCAAGUGUCUACAUAUCGGGGAGGAUUUUGGGGCGCAAUGAUGCACUUUCCUUUGUUGUUGACUGAUUCUAAGUGUGAGAAGGGAAAGUAGGACGUAGGGGUUUAGUCUAUAUAAUCAUAGAUUAAAUGCUGCAUAAUCAAUGCUCAUCUUGAUGCGUAAUUGAUUCUGAUCAGCACAAAUCACAGGGGCACACAUCUUAAGAGUGAUUGGGUUUCAAUGUAACCACAUGCAUUGCACAUGCCACAACAAUAUCUUAAGAUGGUUCACUUUUCUAUCUUCACCUCAGGUUGUUGGUUCCAUGGAUCAGAUAGGAGCAGUUGAUGAUCUCAAAUCUGAGAAAGACUCAGAUUCCAUUUCGGAACCACGAAAUGACGGUAGACAAACUGAAUCAGACAAGGAAAAAUCAAGACGCAAAUUAUAUGUGGGUUCUCAAGCAUUGGGAUAUCGUCGGGACUACAUGGAGGUCAAUCUCUGGAACAAUUUGCGUUCAUUUAUUUUUCGCUGUUCUGUAGAGGCAUUCUGAUUCAUCACAUCCUUAACCAGGUGGUGUCACCUAUAAAGGAUGGGAUUGUUGUUGACUGGGAUAUUGUGGAUAAUAUAUGGGACCAUGCUUUCAGGUGUGUAUUCUUUCUUCUAUAAUUAUAGUUUACUAUGAACAAACCCAGUCACAAUUUUGUUACACACUUGUAGAUCACAUCCAUCUGAUACUGUAUUUAAGAAGAUUUAUAACAGUUGAAUCGGGCUAUGCAUCUUUCGGGUUCUUACUCUGGGUCUUUCUGUUGGCCCUAAGAAAAUGAUAGAUUCAUCAAUUAUGACUCUAGCACCCCAAUGCUUGAGGGGUAGAAUAAUGACAGGUUGCUAUUUAAAUUGAAGAACCCUUUGAUGCACACUGGUGCUCUGUAACGCAUGUUGACAAAAUGUUGUUUCCAGAAGAGAUAGAGACAGAUCCUUCCCCGUGUCUCAUAAAGACAUAGGAGAGGAGGCAAGGAAACUUCACCUCUGGACAGUAAAGUAGAGUGAGACUACACGCUGACUCAGUUUUUGCAUUUAAAAUGUGUGCUUGAUUUCAGAGUACCCCUUCGGCAUCUCAUGUAGAAUUUUUUUAGCACAUCACAGUCAUUAAAAUUAAAAAGAAGAGUGAACUGGUAUGUACAUUAUCAACAUGCUCUUAAAACGCUCUGUGAAAUAUCCACUCUAUACCAAGUUGGAAUCAGCUAUUCUAGUUAUCUUACCAAUCCAAAUUCACAGCUUCCUCGUUAAAAAAUGUCCUGGUCCUCUCUCUCUCACCUUAUUACAACUAACCGUAAACACCAUUUCUUCUUGACUCCAAGCAACUGGGCCUCCUAUACUUCUGACUUUCUCUCUCAUUCCAGAUGACCCAUUGGACUUUACAUGAUUCAGAACCUACCAAUCCCUAAUUACUCGCAAUUUCCACAGUGUCAGGUCUUUGAACUGAAGAAGAUUAGAUCAAAGCACUUUCUGGUAUAUCAGCGAUGUACUCUCCGAAUCUGUCUCAUGAUCGUUAGUUUGGGCCAAUGAGCUUGGUAGGGUAGGUUGCUAUCACUCUCAUAUCUGUUCAUGCAUAUGCUUGCACUAGUUUAGGGUAGCUGCUCAUUGUGAGCAAAUUUUUGCAUUUGUGGCGUAAAUUCAAACAUGUAUUUUCCAUAUAUUGUUGGGUCGUAUAUUCAACUUUGUAAUAUACAGAAUUUACUGUGGGAGUUUCAAUGCCACAGUCAAUAUAUAAAACAAAUUAAAGUAUCAUCGUUUCACAUUAUAAUACAACUGUGCGAAAAGACUUUGGAUGCUAUUGUUGAUCUAUAGUUUUUACUAACUGUCCUGCAUAAGAAAAUAACAUAGUUUAACUGCAGCAUGCAUAAAAACCAAUUUUGUGACAUUUGAAUUGAUUUAUUUCAAGUAAAUAAAUAUGAUUUGGAGCCAUUUGUUUGGGACUGAGUUUUUAUCAACUCUCCGAUGUUGAGAAUCCUUUUUGGGAUAAAUGACUCAGAAACAUGUAAGAAAUUUGUUCCCACUGCAUUCAACCUUCCGAGAAUGUUCUGAAGAAACCAUUUGAAAAAAGAUAUAAUGUGCGACUUUAAUCUGUGGUGGCAUGUGGCAACUCUUUUGGGAGGCGAUAUUAGCAUGUUGAGAUGUACGAAGUGGGUAAUCUGCUGAAGCAGGUGCCUGUUAGUUGCGCUAUGUGAAACUUGUUACAUUAAGUCUGAUAAGGGACUUAAUCCUGAACCAUCAAUGUCCAAAUGACAAACGACAAACGAAAAAUGUAUGUUCCAACAAGUGACGUGAGGGCUACUCAUCAAAACACCAUCAGCAUGCACUAAUGGGGUUGUUCGCUGUGGGUCCUGGGGAGUGUCAUGAGGUAAACCAUUGAAGGACCAGGACAACAUUAUUAGAUGCAAGUUAUCAAGAAUUUUUGGCUGAGUUAUUGAUGUUAAUCGACCAAUGUGUAAAAUACACUGUAACAUUCUUAUUACUAAUUUUUAUAUCUUAACGGAAAUCCAAAUUUGAAGUAAUAUUGCUGUGGAACUACUGAGCUGGGCUUUGCGGAUGCAAGGUCCCAUAUUUCAUUUGAGGAAUAUAGAUCUUAGAUUAUCAAGAUAAUAGUGGAUGGCAAAAGGGGGGGUUAUUCUAGGCUUUUGUAAGCCAAUUGAAAGAAACUUCCCUGAAGCCUUGCAAAACAUAAAAAACAUAAACUUUUCAAGUUGUUUGCAAGGUCUUCAUUGUCAAUUGAAUGAACCAGCAGCCAAUCAAAUUGAUCUAAUGCAUGUUGGUUGCCACACUAUGUUGCAGUUAAAAUCAGUUGUAGUUGAUAAUAGUUACAAAGUAAGUGGGUGGUGAUGUCACUUUUCCUGAUCAAGCUCCAGAACCUAGACUGUGUUUUCAUUAUUGUAAGGUCAUCUAUAUGUACUUAACUUCGUCUUCAAAUUGAUUUUUUUUACAUUUGUUUGACUUUGCUUUUUCCCUGACUACCUCAAACAUCUUUUCAGAGAACGGCUUUUGAUAGAUCCAAAAGAACAUCCUAUGCUACUCGCGGAGCCGUCAUCCAAUAGUGCACAACAAAGAGAAAGGUGUUCUUAUUCAUUGCAUCAGUCAUUGAAUCUUGAAAUUGUUAGCUUCUUGUGAAUUAUCAUGAAUUUACUGACUCCUCAUUUCCGACAUUCAUGUAAUUUCAAUAUCUUUAAUUAUAAGUUUUCCCCAAUUGCACGUCAAUUAUCAUUAUGGAGGGAUUAUACUUCCCUCAAUAAUGUGUUGAGAAUUCAACUUGCUAUUAUGAAAUUUCAUGAUGAAGUAUGAUUGUUAUGCCAUAUUCUUUCUGUUUGUAAUGGCGUUGAGACUUCAGUGUGUCAACAUCCGAUAAUUGAAAUAUGUCUACCUCCCACCUUCCCUAUCACAGAUAAUUGAAAUAAAAUUUUCGGAAAUGAAUGUAAAAAGUCUACAUCCGAUAAAAGUAACAUAGGGAUCAAAAAUAGGUCUGAAAGAAAAAGCGUAGUGAACUAUGGCUGAAGUAGGAAAAUAAAGAAAUAUUAUUAAUAAGACCGGGUAAAUGAAUGCAUGCCAGGAAAACUAAAAUAUUCUACACGCCUAAGACAUCGUUCAAGUCCUGAGCCAAAUCAGGACGAUAGUUUCACCCUGUAAAAGUGCCACAAGAUGCACAAAAAGAUGGGAAAUUUGGGGAUCCAAACACACACACACACACGCACAUGUCUGAGGUUCUUACUUGGAUUUAUUUAAAUUAAAAAAUUAUUGUGUCAACAAAGUUAGGGUAGAAUUUCCUUCUGAAUAUUAAGGAUUUCUUUAGUAGGUCAUUCGGAAUGAUUUAAGUCGAGAUAAUUUUUGUCUGAUUUUCUUGAUUUGGUUCUCUUUGGUAUUUUAAUAGUUGAAUGUUGCUCCCUAUCUCCUUUUAGGUAUGACUUGAGCCAAAUUGAUGUGACCUAAACGUGAACUCUGGAUUUUGUUGUUAUGUGAUACUUUCUUGAGUUAGAACCAAGUUAGUUUAAUGCGUAGUGAUUCAGCUCGAUUCUGUUCCGAGAUAUACUCCUCAGGUGUUAUCUAAUUGUGGCCAUAAAGUUCAAAAGUUGCGCUGAUGGCCUUAUUGUGCGAAUAAUCAACAAUAAUUGUGUAUGACAGGCUUGUUCUGUAUGUUUAUCCUUUAAAUUCAAAUUAAUUGUGUAGGUCCAGCAAAUUACAUUUGUCUUCUUGUUAGAUUUCAUAUUUGACGUUGUAUGGGCAUCUUAUUCCAUUACUUUUAGUUUUGUCUCUUGGGAUAAGAAAUGAUGAUUAACGUCCUUUUAUUAAUCUGGAACAGAACAGCUGAGAUAAUGUUUGAGAAGUAUAAAGUUCCUGCUUUAUUCUUGGCCAAGAAUGCUGUGAGUUUAUCUCAUUGUUGUGAAUCUGACUUCCAAUGGUUAUCAGUUAUUUGUCUCCUUCAGAUUUUACUCUGGACUCCGAGCACAAUAAUUGUUGUAAAUUCAUUUUUUCACAUUUUCGUCUUUGCAUUACUAGGUUCUCACGUCCUUUGCUUCUGGUCGUGCUACUUCUUUAGUUGUGGAUAGGUACGUGCUAAUAUGGAUUUUUUUUAGUGAUCUCAAUCAUCUUUAUUUCUGGAUCAGUCCAGUUGGCAUUUCUUUUGUCAAGUUUUGUUUUGUGUGGAUCAUCCUUAAUUUUUCCAGUUAUUUAAAGAAAUUUGAUGAACAUGUUCUUCUGGUUUUUGAAAUGCUCAUUUUACUAAAUGCAAAACCUACAGUGAUUAAAUACCUUGGAAUGAAAGCAUUUAUAUUCCAUCGUCAGAGUCUAUUGGGAGAAAGAUACUUUGGAAGGGCCUUUCGUUCUAUGCAUUCAAUUAUUUCUGCCUCGAGUUAUUCUAGAUUCAUUAUCUAAAUUGAGAUAAUUUUUUCCGAACGUCAUUUCUAAUCGCGUCAGUUUGAUGAAAGACUAUUCCUAUUUAACUGUUUGUAAAAGAUGACUACUAGUUGAUCCAUGUGAAAUUCUUGUUACACAUUGUUUUGGGCUAGUUUUAUGGUUUUUGAUUUUUCAAAGGUUUCCAAUCCGUUAGAUUGGCUAAUUCAACUUUUUGGUCCAAUCUGAUUCAGAUCGCCAUGACCCUGGGGCCCACUUGGGAAACUCCAUUUGAGAGGGACAUUGGUGACCUUUUUGUCAUCGGUGGGUGCUGUUACACGGGCCUAAAUACCUACAACCCCUGGGAGGAUUGGUGGUGUAGGUAGGUGGUCUCUUGUGGGCUCACAUUGUAAACCUGUUUGAUCUGAACCAAUGGCUGCUAUGUGCCCUUAACUGUUUUCUUUUAGGUUCCCCUUAUGAAUGGUCAACCAGUCGCCUAAUAGAUGACUACAGGCUAAACUGAUUAAACCUUUAACCGGUUUUUCAGGAAAUAUUGAGGUUUCUUGUUGGCUAGAUCCCCUUUUGAUGGCUUCCACGAGAAAUGUUAUUCUUCACCACUUGGUAAAUGCAAAAAUUCUAUAGAUUGGUUCUGAAUCGACCUCAUUUUCCCCCUCUAAUUCGAUAUUGAGCUUCUUAAGUCGAGAAAACUUAGACAUGCAGUGACACAGUAUCGCCUUAGUUGCAGUGAUUGGCAUCACUCUGGGAUUCUGCUAAUUCGGUGAUGAAAUCAGUUUUCUUUGCAAUCUAUAGCUGCUGGCUAGUGAUUAAACUUUUGUGUUGGGUGUGUUGAGUUAACUGUUUGUAGAGUCCAUCUUGGGCUUCUGAAGACCAUUGUAGACAAGUUAGUAAGAUGGAAAAUCCUGUAUGGGAUAAUGCUCAAUUGGAUGGGGUUUGCUCAAGUGUAAUUACAUCGUCAAAACUUUACCCUACUUUAGGAGUUGGUUUAUUAUUUAUUAACUUAUCCCAUACAGACUGGGCUAGUAUGCAGGUUGGUGCAAGCCAAAUCUAGCCUAAAGUUGUACCUUUGUCCCCAGCCCAGCCUUUCUUGCCCAAAUUGUGGAUCAACUGGACCAAAACUGAUUGAGCCUGUGUGGUCACGGAGUGAAAUGCAUUGAUACUUUGAAAGGUCUCCUAUUUUUGAAACACGUGUUUGAAUAAGAUUAUUCACAUAAGUAAGAGUAUCAGUGGAGAUUAUAGUUUAAUAAUUCUACAUGAUGACAUAUUGUUUCAGAUGACGAUUUGACUGUUGUGCACUUGUCUUGUUCCUCUUGGGACGCUUGGGAGUCCCUAAACAAUCAGUGCAAUGUAGAAACGGAAAAGGUCUCCAAUUUGUGAACAUUAUAGAUGCUUUUUUAUUGUUAUAUAAGGACAGAGGAGAGAAAAAAAUGCUGAUAGAAAAUAGCAAUUGGAGUGCUUAAUGUACCAUCGUGUGUAUAUCCACAAUUCAUUUCUUUGAUGUAGAUACGGGAUCAUCAUUGAAUGACUCUCACUUUUGAAAUAUUUACACUCAAUUCCUUCACAACACUUUGAGACUGGUUUGGUUGUCAUUACAUCUGUUGACUUAUAUAUUAUUUUAUUUAGUGGGGGUGGAUCAACUACAGUCGCGGCUGUACAUGAUGGAUAUGUGCUUCAGAAGGUAUGCUUCUUCUUUCUAGAUUAAGAAUAAUUGAGCCUACUGCGAAUUCAUUCAGAUAAAAACAAAAAGGGUAUUUUUGUGGAAUAAUGAUAGAAGAUAGAAUCAAUGAUGACAGACAUUGAAGAUAACAAAAGGAAGAUACGGAAUUCAAAGUAGCAUAAAUUUAGUUUGUACGAGAUUAUUGUCAGGGAACAUAAGAAAGGGAACGAAAAUAAAGACUGAAUUGAGAAUCACGGAAAAGUUGAAUUUUAUGUUAGAGCGUUUUAAACUAUUUGUUAAUAUUGGGAAAAAAACUAUUAAAGAAAGUGUGGAGUCUUGUUAGUAAACCCCAGGACUUGAAUGCGAUGGGGCUUCCUUGAAAGUUUAAAUUUCUUUACCGUUGCAGAGGUGGUACAGAUGGUGUAUUUUAAGUGAUAGGAUAGCAAAAAGAUGUCAUUGCUGUAAUCCGAGGCAUUGUACCUAUAUAAAAGUGGUAUUAGAGCUCUUGGCACAUUAUGCUUAUCGGAUCUGUUAAUUGCUUUUGUUGAACUACAUCUUUGGUUAGGACGAAUAUGCUUAUGAAUGCCGAUCAUAUAAUACAAAUAUAAUAAUUUAUAAGCAUAUAAAUGCGAUAACCCAUUUUGUUUAAUGAGUUUUGACAGAUUUUUGUCAUGCUUCGUUUUUAUAAUUCUUGAAGGCUGUGGCUACAUCUCCAGUUGGAGGGGAAUUCCUAACAGAGUGCAUGAUGAAAUGUUUGGAAAACAGGGGUAUUGUGGUGAGUAUCCUUUUAUGGAUUUGACGGAUGAUGCUUUUUUUGUGGAUUUAAUAUUAUUCCAUUUGGCAUUGACUGAAUUUAUUUUUUUCAGUUGAGACCUAGAUAUUCUUUUAAAAAAAAAGAGGGUCGCCCUGGAGAAUUUCAGGUAGGUGAUGCAUUUUUUGUGAACUCUUCGCUCUUCUUGUGGUUGAUCUUUCUUCAAUACUCCACAGUAGUUACUUGGUGUUUAUUUUAUUUUAUGUAGAAGGCAGUUUCAAUCCUAAUGUAACUGCAAAGAGUUGAGUUAUCCUGUCGGUCUAUCUGUUGGAUGCCAUUUUUUAUUGUAUUCCAUAUUUAUAGAUAUAAUUUAAAACAAAUAUUACUCCAACAGUUAAAAGUGUUUAAGAUCCUGCUAUAUACUUUUAUUUUCAUGAAAUAUCUACGACAGAUGGCAUCUCAGAAUGUUGUUAAAGUUCAUAGCAAAGGCUAUCUAAGACUCUAUAAUCAAGUUUGUUGAUCUACAGAAAUUGGAUAGCCCACCUACAACAUACAGAUAUUUGAAUUAAUUCUCAGAUCUGCAUAUUCUAUGGAUUUUGUAGAUUGGGAAAUCAAUUUGAUUAUUUGCAGAAUAGUCCGUUCAGAUAUCGUAUGCUUGGAUUAAUUGAGCUGACCAAUAUACAUCUGAGAUUCGCAGGUUUUUGUCCGUAACUCCAGUCUUUCUAGAGUCCCAAGACUGUUACCAAGGAAAUCAAAUUCAGAGACACGUAGAGGCUGGCAUUUCCUUCAGUGUCCUGUGUCCAGCAGAGGUAGGAAAUAUGGGCUGGUGAAUUCAUUGACAGUAAUGCCCGACAUUUUUGUUGGUAUCGUUCAGGUCAUACUCUCGAGAUGGAAAUCGUGUAGUGUGGCGUUUAAAUUCUUAGGCUGGUCAGUUGUGUGAGAUGAUCUUACCUGGUGUCUAUUUUCGCAUUUGAAUUAUGAUGAAGUCCAGGGCUUCAGGGAGGAUUGUGGCAUAUGAACACCAGUUCACAAAUGUAGAUCAGAAGGAAUGCUAAGGAUGGCCUCAGUGUGUACAUCUGUACUGGGAUCUUUUAUGUUAGCUAGGUCUUUCACAGUGGGAUUAUUGUUUCAAGGUUUCCCAGAUGUCGUUUGUUGGAGCAUUAUAUACUUCAAGAUUAUCUCCUUCACAAAUUUAUUUUGGUAGUAGUUUUGCAUUUGACUAGUUCCAAUUUGAUGGAGGUCAUAUUCAGUAUUUGUUGAACCUGGUUAUGCUGAACGCCUGAGAAAUUUUCCCAAAGCUAAAGUUAGAGGUUUUCCUCGAUUUCUUUCAUAUCACAUUUUAUUAUUGCACUCUGCCGCAAGGAAUAUUGAAAAGACUAUUUAGAUGAUAGAUAGCCUUAAUCACAUGUCGAAACUAAAGAUAGAAGUGCUGAAGGCGCUAAAACUAACCCAGUAUGUAAAAUGCUGCAAUCAACUAUCCCAGGAAAAGCUGCAAGAAGUCUCAAUGCUGAUUAUUUGGUUUUAAUUGGUGAUAUGCUUUGUCAUUACGUACUUGGUAUCAAGAGCUAUUUCUUGUUCUUUCAUUUGACUUAGUUAAGAAGGUCGCUUCAUUUUUGUAAAAUUGGUUACUUCGCAAAAGUCACUGCUCUUGUCUAACUACAGAGGACUGCUGUAUGAUGUUAUCUCUAGUAAGUACCUUCAUUUGGCCCCUCAUUAAGGCGAAUGAGUUGGUUAGAGAAAAAUAUGAAGAUCGCAGCUGCUGUACUUUUUUCUGGUCAUAAAGUCCCGCUUUGCCUGCUGUUGCUCUAUUCUUCUCUUCUAUCUGUGAACCCAUCUUCUGCGAGCAUUGGCUUCUUAUUGGGUAACCAUUGUGCAGCAUACUACGCAUCAAACAAACUAAGCGUCAACUUGCUAUUGAUGAUACUUGCUUCUUUCUCAGUAGCAAAGCUGACGGACAGCCAUCAUUCUGCUAACUUGCCACGGAUUCCCCAAACUGUCUACUCUCUGAUCUCUCAUAGGUCAUCUGUCAUCAGUUGAUCGAUUUCAUAAUUCGCUGAACCUAACAGUCAUCAGUAUCCAUUUCACCAGUUGAUCGAUCAAUGAGGAUUUGUUUCUGCUUAUGGAUAAUGUUGCCAAGAAGGUUUCAUGUCGACUCCGAACUACUAUAAUUAGUAAGCACGUCCCUCCGAUCCUCAGGCCUUCAGUCCUGGAAAACAAACCCUUUUUUUGGGGGGGCGGCAGGGGGUUGUUUAGAAGAUCAAAAUGGUGCAACAAAAGAGGCUCUACAAGGAAUAAGAGAAAAUGAUGAUCCUUCUCAUAUAAUCCUCUCUUUAUUUAUAACUCUGUUGCCAUAAAUCCUCUAUCUUGUCGGCAUCAGAAAAAGAUUGAUAAAAAAAAGGAGAUUCACAAAAUAGUCGCAUUGGCUCAGUGAUGGUAAAAGCUUAUUUUUUAGGUCGUCAAGCUUCAAUUUGGCAAUCCAGCUACAUCGGUCAUCUACUUUGAGAACUUGGAUAUAACAAACCUAACGUGAAAGUGAUGUUUGAUCAAAUUGACUGCGAUGCUUUAUUCUUAUUAUGAACAAUUCAUAUAUGUAACCGUAUAUUUCCAUUGUUUUAUGCGAAUUAAUUUCUUCUUUCAAAAUUUUACAGACAGUUGAACUUGAUUUUCCAAAUACCACAGAAAGUUACAAACUAUAUUCUCAGGUUUGUGGUGACUACAGCAUUUUCUCUUGGAUAAAGUUGUUUUCUUAGGCCGUUAUUUGUUCCUGACUAUUUUUUGUUUUCUGGCAGAGGGUAAUUGCUAGUGACAUCAAAGAAUGUGUUUGUCGUGUUCCAGACACACCAUAUGAUGGUACAUUUCAGUGUAUAGUACAAUUAUGCUCAUUGUUUUUCAUGCCGAGAUAUAGUAUUCAGCUUCAACUUAUUGUUGAAGAUUUAGUGAAAUGGUUAAACCCUAAACAAGCAAUUUGCGGACAACAGAAAUUCGUGGACCAAGUCAUUGGUUAUGGCCAUCUUGGGUGCUGUUAUUUGUCUGUAACAGACUUGGCUCAAUUAAUCUGUAUUUUUUUUUGUUGAUUUUUUUUGGCUUUUGGCUCAUAGUGGAUGAAAUAACUGUGUGCAACAGCUGCUAUCGUGAUUGUUUUUAAUUGGAGUUUUAUCACUUUAACCCAUAAUGGCUUGCCCUGUGUGUAAUGCAUUCAAGUCUUCUAUCAGAUACCCACAAUGCAUUCUAAAAUUUCUAGGUGUUUCUUGGCAUUAAAUUUUUCGAAGCCAGAAGCUUGCUUGAUUUGAACCUUCCAUUGGUUGGAAUAUGAUAUAAAUAUAUCAUUGCAUGUGGAGUGUAUGAUAAGGGUAUUACCAGCUGAACAUUUACAUUGAGAAUGACUGCUGAACAUUUUAACAACGGAUCAAUUGUCUUCAUUGCAGAUAUUUUCCUUCUUGCAAAAUACGUCAUGAAAGCAGUUUUUUUCACGACUGCUGUUAGUUUUGCCUAAAUUCUGACCGGAGGCUGUGGCCGGCUUUACAUUCCUAUGAUUUCCUGUUAAUAUCAGAAUCCUAACAACAGUAGUUUUCUCUCUUUAUGCCCCAAAUAAUUCCCCAUUCUUUUUGCAAAGUUCAGUUGUUCGUUGCAAUGCUGCAUUAGAUUUAUUAUUUGAAUUGAUUGGUGCUUAAGAAUUGCUCAUUGACGUUAGAUUUCGGUAUGAAAUGAUGAACCUUUUAUCGUGACGUGCUCCUGUAGAUCAAAGUGAUGUUCAUUUAUGCUAUGCUUAUUCCUGACUUUGAAAAGGGCCUAUUUUACAGAGAGUUCCUAUGCAAACAUUCCAAUGACUCCAUAUGAACUUCCCGAUGGACAGUAAGUUUCCCCCUGAGCUCCAUCUUGCCUGAGUUUUACGUCUGAUACUGGAAUAAAAAUAUCGGGGCCAUUAAUCACAUUUUGUGGAAUCCAUUUUUGCCAACUUGUUUUUAUGUUCCAGUCAGUUUUUAUCAAUUAGAACCAGUUCUUAAACGGGAAAAAUGGUUACUUGUGUUCUUUGUCUUGAUUGAUGUCGGGGAAUGGUCUAGUUCUGUCAACAUAUUGUUUGUUCUGUUGUUUCAUAACAAAAACUGCAAAUUGGUCACAUGGGUGGCCGGGGUCGUGUGUGGAUAGAAGGAAGAAGAAAUGUGUGCAUGGGAGAAUAAAGAAGCUGUUGGAAAGAGCCAUACAAAUAGGGGUGGGUGUGGUGAGACAGAGGUAGGCGCCUUCCUGGGCAAUAUUCUCCAUAAACCCUCAUAUGAAUGCGGUAGGUGAACUCGAUAACACCUCUUGCUUGCAACUAAAGGCUAGUUUCCACUUAAAUAAAUCGUAAAGGCAGAUUAGGGAUGGAGGGAGGACAUGGAAGAAACUAAAGUGGAGCAAAUUGAAGUCCUAGGAAAAUGGUGAUGAAAUGAUUAGCCAUACUAAAAAGAUUCAUGAUAAUAUGAUGAUAAUAAUAAAAUGUUAGUUUUAGCAAGAGAGUAAUAUUACAGAAACUCACAUGGACAUUUUGCGAACACACUUUUUCAGUAUUGAGAAUAAAAACGUUAUCGCCCUUUAAAAGGGGAACAAUAGGUUCCGUCACAAAUGUGUUAAUGUCACUUGGAUUGUCUAAAUCAUUACCAUACCGUGUCUUUUGAGAAUACGAGAAGGUCAAAAGAAGAACGAAGGAGAGAAAGCAGAGGCUGUAGCCCGGGCCCCAUAGAGGGAGAACAAAAGAACGAUCUCUGUAGUAUCAGAAGGAAUCAACGGCAUAACAGGGAAAAAAUGAACCCUGCUUCCGCAUUCUGCCAGUCAUCUGUUGGCACUCACCAUGACCACAAGUCAAUUGCCCGCCUUCGUCCCUCUGAGAACGGUAAAAGAAAAUGGGCGGGUUCAUAAAGAUUGAAAAUUUCACACAAUGUCAAGCUUGAUUUUUUUUUUUUGUAAUGGCUUCCUCUAAUAUAAGUUUUUCUAGGCAUACUUUUAUCAAGUGUAAAAUCGUCCUUGAGCUUCGUUUUUAACUAUGUUGACCAUUGUCUUCGGUAGUCAGUCAGCCCAAUUCAAAUCAGAUGUAAGAUCAGAUUGCCACUUGUCAGGUGUGUUUGUGCCUGUUCUGAUCUGGGUUUGGCUAAUCAAGUGCAAUCUAAAUAGUUUUUUUUUAUUGAAUUCUUUUAUGAUCGAGCUUAAAAACAUCGUGACUGGAAACUAAUGAUGAACCUACAAUUCUUUCACUCCAACACAGGACAAUAGAAAUUGGCGCUGAUAGAUUCAAGAUACCUGAUAUUCUUUUUAAUCCAUCGAUAGUCCAGGUACUUAACUUUUUUUCCUGAAAUCGUUUUGUUUAAUAUCAACAUUCUGAUUUUAUGUUAGACGAUCUAGUUCUUGACAUCUUGAGGCACCUGCCAACAGCAUCAUGUUAAAGUUUACCGCUAUUUUCUUUUCUUUUCUUUUCGCAUACUAUCCUGAUAUUCCAUUGAAAAAUUUCAUUGGUUUAUGGUUGUUUAUCAUUUUCAAUGCAACAAAAAAGGGUAUUGCUUAUCCGUUGUGAUGGUUCAUGAGAAAAUUCAUUUGACACCUAUAUCACUUCAGUUUGUGAUGUAUUGAUAAAUGAAAAACAAUCUUGUUGGCGUCUUUGCGCCAUCCAAUUUUAUAUUUUUUUUCUUGCAUGAACCUCUAGACAAUCCCUGGCAUGGAGAGAUUUGCAGAAUAUGCUCCUUCUAUCCGUGGUCUGCCGCAAAUGGUGAGUUAAUUUUGAUCGUAAUAGUUAACUAUCCUAAAUUCUGACCUAGAAUCUGUGUAAUUUUAUGAUUCUUUGAUUGACAGGUAUUUGAGAGCAUCAACAAGUGUGAUGUGGAUAUUCGCAGGGAACUGUUUAGUAGUAUUCUGGUAUGAUCAUGCAUGUCAUCCUAAUGAUCAUCUUUCUGGUUUUCAAGACGACAAAUUCAUAUUAAUGAUAACAAUGUGGAGUCCGAUACUUGAGAGUAGGGAUGAUUACCAUACCUCGCUCCUGAACUCACAUGGGAUGCUGCAUAUUGUCACUCUUCCUAACUUGUUGGCUAUAUUAGAGAUUCUCAUUUAGAGGAACUUUUUAUUCGAGGACAAGAAAUAGUAGGAUGGAGUUCCCUUUGAUGCGGAUGAAGAGCUGACCUAAAGGGGUUUAGGUCAAAGUGGAGAUCCGAACGUUGUAUGCUAGUCUCUAAAGAGGAUCUGCUUGGGAGAUGGUUAGAACCAAAAGGGCCCAGAUAUAGAGGGAAGGACAAUGGGGCCUAAAGGGAGAGAAAAGUUCAAAUAUGUGAUUAUUUUAUUAUUUUGUUAGCUUAUUUUGUCUUUAUAUUUACACCAUUAAUGAAAUUCUUCUUUUAACAGCUUGCUGGAGGAACAGCAUCAAUGCAGCAGCUGAAGGAACGUCUGGAGAAAGACUUGAUAGAGGUGCAGUUACUGGCUGCAGUGUGUGCCCAUAUGACGAACCACAAUAUUCUUCCUUGAUGAUAUGUUUCUAAUAUUGCCUGAGCUAGCUCAAUCUAUUCUAAUAACUUAUUAACAUUAUUCCCGAACGGUUAGUUUCUGAGAAUUUCAAUUUUCCUGUUGAAUUUUCUAGUCCUUAUGUUACUUGCUUAUCCUGUCUUUCUGGGAUUUUUCCAAAAUUUGGGAUGCUAAAAAUGUGAAUAAUUACCUCAUAUAUGAUAAAAAAAAUAAAAUUACUAACCAUGAAACUUCUUUCCUCAUUGAUGGAUAUUCUUUACAUAUCCACGUUCCAUCUUUUACCCUUCAUUUUAUUUUUACUUAUAGGAGGUUGAGGGAUCAGAUGAAUCAGAAAAGAGAGAUAGAAAUAUAUUCUGUUGUUUUUCGCACCAGGAGCUAAUGCUUAUGAGGAAUUUGAACCACUCUGUCGAAUACUUGUCAUAUUCAUUUGACAUCCCCGGACCGAGGCUGGGGGAUGUCUCCUGAUCGUAACAGUUCCAUUCUUCUUAUUCACUCGGAUAUGAUUCCUAGCAACCCAAGAAAAUCUUCAAGAAGGGUUUCCCGGAUGCCAUUCUCUUGAAAAAAAAAUGUAUAUUUUGAAUGAUUCAUUCGAAAUGAUACCUGUUUUGAAUUAAUCUCCCACUUCCAUAACAUAGAAUUUUGUAUCUCUCUAAGGACUCUGAUGCCUGUUGAGCAUUUUGUACGAGAUUAUUUUUUCUAUUUAUUUAUUUAUUUAUUUUAAGUAGUACGAUGUUUGAUUCUUAUCUUUCUCUUGCCCAUUUGUCUAUAUAUUGCUGAUAGUGGUGAAUUUUGGAUACUUGAAGGAAUAAGAAAUAUAUUAAUUACCGUAUGUUCUGCAUCAUUUUAUUUUUUUUCAUCCGGUGCUUCAUUGCCAGGUAGCACCUCAAGCUGCACGCGUUAAGGUCCUGGCAAGCGGGAAUGCAACGGAAAGACGAUUCAGGUACAUUAUUUUACUAAGGCCCCUUCAUCUAUCAUCUCAUUUUAUUUCAUUUCAUUUCAUUUCAUGUUAUUAUGGUUUUAUCUACGUCUAGCAGAUACUUGAUAUGCAUGAUAAAAAAAUGAAAAAAAUAUGGAUUUUGGGCUUUUUUCAGUAAUUUGAUAUUUAAAUAAUAAAUACAAGAAAAAGUGCUUUAAUUUCUUGUUAGUGAGGGCCUCAUUUAAAUAAUAAUGGUAAUAAUAAUAAUAAUAAUAAUAAUAAUAAUAAUGUGAUCUUUUACGUGAAUCAAUUAUCCGUGCCCAUGUAACUCAAUUUUAUUUUCUUUUUCCUUUACUCCGCCGUCCAUUUCUUCUGGUCAAAAUAUAAUCUCAAGCUCUCCUGCCACUAGAGAGGGUUGACUUCAUGUCAACUCAGUGAAGCCCAUGAAGAUCUUUCUUCUGAAUCUCUUACUUUUGCAGUGUCUGGAUAGGAGGGAGCAUUCUUGCAUCUCUCGGAUCCUUCCAGCAGAUGUGGUUCUCCAAAAUGGAGUGAGUUCAUGCUCAUUCAAAUAUAAAUAAAUAAAUAAAUAAAUAAAAGUAAUUAUAUAUUAUUUAAUCCAUUUAGAGCAGCUAAUAAGUAUCUAUUUAUCAUUUAUUUAGCUGACCCUUUUCAUUUGCUAUCCUCUUCUUCAGGUACGAGGAGCAUGGAGUCUCAUACGUCCAGAGAAAAUGCCCAUAG